AUGCCUGUCAUGGCCGCCUCCUUGGCCCGCGGAGGUGUGAAUGCUGGUUUCCUGCUGAGGGCUGCUAAAGGCGCCUGCUGUUACAGACCCGGAGGCUUUUGGGAGUCAAGGGAGGCAGCGGCGGCGGCGACAGCCAGGAGAUUCUGGGGGCCAGGCUCGCGCCAGGCGGGGGAGGAGGAAACCAGUGCCCCGGAGCGACCCGGGGACGUGGUGAACGUGGUAUUCGUAGACCGGUCAGGCCAGCGGAUUCCGGUGAGCGGCAGAGUCGGGGACAAUGUUCUCCACCUGGCCCAGCGCCAUGGGGUGGACCUGGAAGGGGCCUGUGAAGCCUCCCUGGCCUGUUCCACCUGCCAUGUGUACGUGAGUGAGAAGCACCUGGACCUUCUGCCGCCUCCUGAUGAGAGAGAAGACGACAUGCUAGACAUGGCCCCCCUCCUCCAGGAAAACUCCCGGCUGGGCUGCCAGAUCGUGCUGACCCCUGAACUGGAAGGGGCUGAAUUCACCCUGCCCAAGAUCACCAGGAACUUCUACGUGGAUGGCCAUGUUCCCAAGCCUCACUGACAAGGGCAACUAGACCGUCCUGAAACCCCUGGCUCCGGAGCCAGGACUGGAGGAAUCGCCAAGCUGCCAGCCCCGCCCAGAGCACAGACACGCCCGAGAGUAAUGUCGGAAGCACCCAGAAGGCCAAAGCCCCUACAUCGGAGAUCCCAUGUCCAGGCUCUGGUGGUCGCCAGGUGGAGCGGGCACCCCUAGACCCCCAAAGAAUCGGGGUGUGGAGAAUAGUGGAAUCUAACGAAACAACAAUAAAACUGUCUUACAGAC